AUGUCUCAACAAUUAGAAUUACUUACAGAAAGCCCAUCGCAAUGGACAACAGUAUCUUUACUAACCCCAGAAAUACAAAGAAAGGAGAUAAAACCGUUUGUUAUUCUGGCUUUAAAAGAACUAGAAGGAAAACCAGACAUUAGAACAUCAAGCCUCAUGAAUGCUGACAAGUUCUCAGCGGUCCGAGAAGUUGUUAGACACUUUGCUCGAUUACGGUCUGCAACCAAUGAACCCUGGCUGCAUGAAGAUGUGAAACUGUUUCUAGAAGGAUUAAGGUUUUCACCUGAGUGUGUAACGGAGUUUGCAACAUUACUCUGUACGGAUAAAAUGUAUGAUAGUGCACCAGCACAUUUAAGAGUGAAGCCAGGUCUUGUUAGCAUGAAGUGGAAGAUCGAUAUAUCUUUAAGCCAAUCAACACAUUUUAACUCAAGUUUAUCACAUCAGAGCAAAGAGAUUCAUAGCCAACAUGUGUUCGUUAUAUUAACAUUCCAUUUGACGGACGGACAAAAACACACAUAUCGUUUAUCUAUUAAUAAAUUUCACGAACUUAGGUACACGGUGGCGAGUGCUUUGAAGGCAAUGAUUGUUCUAGAAAAGAGGAAUUGUAUGAGAAAGAACUGA